CUCUCAAAUAUUAUCAUUUGGCUAUUGAUUCAAUGAGAAGAAGAGGAAGCUCUAUAGCUACAAUAGGGAUUUGACAAUCACUACAUAUCACAUUUUACUGUUAGUCUUAACAACAACAACAAGAACAGAGUUCAUUUCUUCAAGUCUUUUUUAUAUACAUUCUGCUGUUCUUCGUUCAUUAAAGAAAUCAUCAAAUGGGGGCAUUUAAUGUCUACUUACAUCCCUCCAACUACAACUACAACUGCAACUUGAUGAAGAUUCUCAUUGUCAUAAUAGUAGUGUUCUGCAACAUCUUUGGACUUGCUCAUUCUUCAGCCACAACAGGGUAUGAGACAAAGAUGGUGCAACCUUCAUCUUCACAACAAGCUCUUAAUGAAUCAAUACUAUUACAUUCAAGAAACAGGAAGCUUUUGUCAAAUGAACACUGCACAAGCAGAGACAUAAGUAUAUCGCAAAGCAAAGAUUCAUCAUCAACAGGAAUACCACAAUACAUCGUACAAAUAGUGAAUACAUGUAUGUCAUCAAGUUGUGUACCAAGGCAUAUACAUGUACACUGCGGUUGGUUCGCAUCGGCAAAGAUUGUUAAUCCUAAUAUAUUCAAGAGAUUAUCUCAUGAUGAUUGUUUGGUCAAUAAUGGGAGACCGUUGUUGAAUAGCCAAGUUGUUAGGUUCACUUAUUCGAACUCUUUUAUGUACCCCAUUUCUUUCAUGUCUGCUAAAUUUUGUUUUGAUUGAUUAUUAGUUGGUUGCUCAUAAUCACUACCAAGGAUUUGUA